AUGGCGAAACGAUCAAUGGAGUCUGACUCUGUCUCGAGUCCACCGAAACGUCGGGUCCAGCCUGUACCCACGGAGAAAAGGCCCUUCGAGAUUGUCAAUCUGAAAGAUGGCGAUGUGCUACACCAAACAUGUGUGGUGAUUGACGGUACCUGCCAUGAAUUCGACUACGCCGAGGAAACCAAUUUCGUGUCUGUUUCGUCAGCUGAUAUGCUUAAUCAAUCACAUCCUGUGAACCACUGGCCCUUGAACAGAGGACAGUGGAAGGCACUGGUGAUGCUGGCUCCAGGAAGCAACAAGAUUCUUUUCGAAUUGCAUCAUGCCGGAGGAGUCUCGGACUCUCUGGAGAUCACCGUGAACUACAUUCCUUUGCUGCAACUUCCACCCCUUCACCUGGCCAUUCUCGUUGCUAAGGACUCGCCUCUCCUUAUUGACUGUCCACCCGCCAAAUACGGUGGGAUCUCGACCGCGCAUAGCAGUCUCGACGCGGCCAUUGCCAAGCUGCGCAUGUCGGCGUACAUGUGGCAAGCUGUUACGGCCGAAGACUUCCGUCAAAAGGGGCUGGGUAGACGCUCAUUCCGCCUGGAAGAGGAAUGGAUGUCUAAUACGACCUUGCAAAUGGCUCAUCAAACAACACCUGGAGAUCAGAGCCGCAUGGCUGCUGUUGCAAAGGUCCAUAUUAUCCGAUCUGACAAGACUGUCGCGGAGAUCAGAGAUGCCGAGGUUGCGCAGCAGAAUUCUCGUGGUCGGAAUCGAGAUGCCCUUCAUGCAUACUUUGAAGCAGCUCUGGUUGAAGCAGGCGGUCCCUUCGAGUCAAGAUGCCGCCCUGUUGUCGCGGGACUGAUUCUGGAUUCUCACUACUCCACGGAAAGAUCUAUGAUCAUGGGCCAUGCGGCGCUGGGCUGCCAUAAGUCUGAUGGAAUCUCCCUGGGAGUCUUUGGUAGCCACCUUACUUACUCUUGGCCUCGCUUCUUGGAAGAAGUCCCCGCCUGUCUGACCGACAUGACGCUUACCGGAGAUACUGUCGGUAACGAUAAUAACGAAUGCGACACUAUGCGCGGUGCCUGUUUUGUCGGCCAGGGCGCCUUCCUUCACGAGGUCGGCCACGCAUUUGGCGCUGAUCACACGACUGGUAUCAUGGCGAGAGGUUACAGCAAAUCCUGGGCGAUGAAUAUUAUUGAGCACAAGACAAACGAUAAGAUGGUCAAUGACUCGAAGUGGGAUCUUCGCGAUGUUCUCCAGUUCAAGCUCCUUCCGCACUUUGCACUCCCUGGUGACAUGCCUGUUUCAAAGGGCUUCAGGAACGCUGUCGUGAACAUUCAGCUUGACAUUGAUCUUGACAAGGUGGAGGAAAUGACUGACGGCGAGGAACCUCGCGAUGAGAUCAUCAAGAUCUCUUGCUCGGCAGGUCUUGCACAAGUGAAGAUUCAGAAUGGCAAGGAGGAGCAAGUCCGAUUCGCUGAUUCCGACUGGACUGGCCAAUGCACUGCAAUUCUCAUCAACACCAGCGUUGAAGAAUUCGACCGGAACGAGCCGUUGAAGAUCUUUGCUCUUGGAAUGAACGGUAAAGAACGAACUGUCGCCGAUGCAUGGAAGCUGUUGAAAGAAAACCCAUACAUCCUGAUCCCCGGCAGCAACAUGGUCCUUCGGAAACAAUCUGUCCGAACCGAGCCUUUCGGGAGUGAGACCAGUGACGAUGAGUUUGUUCAAUGGGCUAUGCUUCUUAAGCACCGCGGCACAGAUGGUCAGUUGCACCGAGCCACAGCGAUCGAUCUCCGAGUUGGAUGUACCAUGGACGGAGCGGUCGUGCAUUAUGCUGAUGGGCGGCACGAGAAUUGCGGCCCUGCCCGUAACCGGCAUGGUGGGCCACACCACUUUGGAGGACAUGCGUCUGAGAAACAUGACCUCCCUGAAGGGCAAACCAUCACCAAAGUGCGGCUUCGCACGCAGAGCAGGAAUUGGGGUGGUAGUUUGUCGGGAAUUCGCAUGACUCUGAGUAAUGGGGCUCAAUGGGGUUGCUUGCACGAUGAUCAAGGCGGUGAUAGCUAUGACAGUGACGAAGAAGAUGAGGGAGAGGGAGAUGAUGGAUCGAGCGUCAUCGCACUUGAACCAAAUGACGAUGAGGUUAUUGUAGGGUUCUAUGGACAAAGUUUCUCGGACUCUGGGUUCACAUCUGAGUUUGGAAUCUUGACGGCUCCUAAGGGGGUAGAACUGCCUGAUGUGGUCUACGAUAUGCCGGAGCUGACUAAUGUUUGA